UUUCUAACAAUGUUCGUGUCAUAUUGGAAUACACAUUCGUGCAUACAUAGUUUAGUAGUACAUUUGCAGCUUUUUUAAAUCGUUUUAAGUGUUGAAAAAAAACCUAAGAAAUUAUAAAAUUGAUCUAAGUUUUGUAGUUCUCAAUUAAUUAUGAAAGUACCCAGCGAAGUUAUUUGUAGGGUGUGCGAGAAAGUAUUCUGCUGUGCCGAGUGCCGUUACAAACAUGAAAUAAAAACACAUGCCAUAGUUGUGCAAAAGCCUAAAAAUCAAGAUCAAGCGAAUACCAACUUAGACCCUUCCAUGUUAGAAGAUCGACUAAAGGAAACCGAGACUAACCAAAUAAUUCUCUUCUGUCCAAUUUGUGAACGAAAGCCAAUGCCGCUACAACGGGAUAUGUAUGCGGAGUUGUUGGCGCAUGUUGAGCAAUAUCAUCUGCCGCUGCGCUGCCGGAAAUGCUCUAAGGUCUACAACCGCCUUGACGAGUUGCAAAAUUUCUCUACAUGCACGUAUACCCCCAUUCCGGUAUGCUGUUAUUCUGGCCAAGGUUUUUAUAAUAACCUCGACAACUGUGACUCGGUGACCAUGCAGAAAGAUUUCGCCAAAGUAACAAUUUCUACGCAAACGUCUCCGCAGGCCCGCCAACAUGGCGAGUUCCACGACACACCAAUGUCACUAAUUAAUUUGCGUUGGAAGGCUAAGAGUAAGCUGACUCAUGAGGAAUUUGUCAGUGAUAGUAUUUCCUCGUUGAAAAAUAUUUCAUCGAUCAAUAAUAGUUCGGGACGUCGCAGUUUGGAUGCCAUUGCCAAACCUCAGGGGCAACUAGUGCGCACUACCUCGACGCCAGUGCAUGCAGAGCUGCUUUGCACCAAGCACACCGAGCGCACUUUCAAUGCUUCCGGAGGCCAAGUAUCCAGUAUUUAUCACAGUGGUGCUGAAGCGAGUAAUCACAGUCCGGCAAUGGUUGCAAUGACGAAUGUUGCUGCCGGAUCGCCAUCGAAACAGCAUUUGGAAAGCAUUAAUCGUUACCUAAAAGUGGGCGGUUCUCGCAGUAAGAUAAGUACGGCGACUCCCUUGAGACAAGUAAUGUCAAAGAGCAUACAGAAGGCAUUCGCUGAGCAUGGGGUGCUGCCUUUGUCACGAGCUAGCGACGUGGAUAUGCCGCCAUUACAUCAAAACAUGUUUGACGCACAAGCAACUGACAUUAACAGCGGCUCAGUUGGUUCACCACUGGAUUUAAGACUAUCGCCUGCGGUUCGACGCAUCCACAGCCAACAAGUUUAUAUGAGUCAGCUUCAAGCGAGCAAUGCUUCUGCGGAACGAAAAUCAGCCAAGCCACCGAAUCUACGCCAUGAAGUAUUACGCUCAUCACAGAAACUCACUACUACCGAGUCAAUUGUGAUUACGCGCACCAAACACAUGCACCAAACUUCUUCGAAUCGUCUAAGUAAUGGGCCUAUCUGCAUUGCGCCCAAAAGUCUCGACGAGAAAUCGACGACAUCUUCAACGUCGACCAGUAGCGAUAGCAGUGGUGUUUCAACUUGCAGCGGUAGCUCUAUGUAUAAAAGCUGCCAGAGUAUUGAAAUCAUUACGGCUACUACAGCACUUAGUGAAAUCCAACAGGACUAUUAUGCUGUCACUGAUAAAAUUGACAAUGCAAUGGAAAAAAACGCCCCCACAAUUGGGACACCCAUAACGCGUAUUCCAGGGGCACUCAUAAAUAAGAAGCUCAUACGAUUUGAUUCCCCCUGCGAAGAGGAGGAGUUCGAAAACUCUGAUGAAAUUGAAAAUUGUGGACAAACGGACAAAGAAAAUUGUGCCGCUGUUGAAAAAGUAAAUACGCCGGAGAAAUCCACAUUGUCGUACGCGUCAGUACAGCAACAUAGUAACUCCGCUGAUGCAGGUUCAAGGGCUAAAAGCAAAGUCACCGAAACUCCGCGCAGUACCCACUCUUCAGUGUCAGAUGUAUUCUUUACUCCGAUCACUUCGCCUAUACGCAAGUAUAAAAAACUCGCGAUGGUAGAAAGUGAACACCAAUCACACGAACUUAGUAAAACUGCAUCACUUCGUUCCAUCUCGUUUCGAAAAAGCGAAAAAUCUGAAGUAUCUGAGAGCUCGGAAAGCAGUUCUGAUAACGAAAGAGUCGAGAGCUUACAUGGCGAAACUCCUAAAUCUAAGGUUACCCAAAAAAGUGCUACCACUCUGGGACGAUCUUGGUCAUUUGGUGCUUUACUAGGGUCCGUAAUGCGAUUGAAUCCAAAGCGUAAAAGCACUGCGAAAGAGAAAAUUGAGACACCACCAGCCGAAAAUAUUCGUUCCGAUUCGCUAAUUAAACGUUGCGCUUCCAUAGCUGGAUCUCUCAUCCGAACACAAUCCCUCAUUGAUGAAGCACAAUUGCAAAACCAAAAACGAAAACGCUCAUAUACGAUGGAUCCCAGAUCAGUUGCAGUUAUUCAGAAUUCCCAGAACUCUUCAGGGACGAAACGUUUCCGCAUACAAGGACGUAAACCCAUCGAACGAAUGCGGAAGGAUAUUUGAAAGAAAUUAUUAAAUUCAUAUCUCCACAGUAUAAUAAAAAAUAAUAAAAAAAAAACAAAAA